AGGCUACUAGUCAAAACCACUGCGCUGCUCCCCCGUGUCCGUACUCUCCCAUUCUCCCCCUUCUCCGUACUCUCCGCUCCACAUCUCGACCUCACCGGCGGCGGGGAACAAGAUGGUGGCGUUUCUGGGCCGGCGGAUUGGGGUGGCGGCGGCGGCCGCCGCGUUCAUCGCCCUCGCGGCGUUGGGAUCGGCCUCGUCCACGCCCAAGUCCUUCGUGAAAUCCACCGUCUCCGCCCACGACGUCGUCAUCUUCUCCAAGUCAUACUGCCCGUACUGUAAAAGAGCAAAGGCCAUAUUUAAGGAACUUGAGUUAAAGAAGGAGCCCUAUGUCGUGGAGCUUGAUGAGCGAGAGGAUGGUUCGGAGAUUCAGGAUGCCUUAUCUGAAAUAGUUGGCAGGCGCACUGUUCCUCAAGUUUUUGUCCACGGAAAGCAUCUUGGGGGCUCUGAUGAUACUCUUGAUGCUUAUGAAAGUGGAAAGUUGGCCAAACUAUUGAACAUCGGAGUCAAAGACGAUCUUUAAGUGUCAUGUUAGCAUCACAAGUUUAUCUCUUGUUUUGAGUUAUCAGGAGAUAUCACGCGACUCUAAGAUAUGUAACUGAAUAUUGUGGUAUGGUUUUAUAACCUUCGAACCCAACUUUUGAUAUUUCCUCCAUUAUCUCGUAUUAAUCCUGUUGCUAGAUUA